AUGUGCGUAGCGCUUGUUACGCAUAGCAAUUACACCUCAGCCAUGAGUCUCCUGCCAUUAGCCAUGCUAAUUCUUGUACUACUAGACUUCAUCAUGAUGAUAGUAGCUGCUCCUAUCUCACACAGAAAAUCUCUCUCUACUAUGAUAACAAAAGAACUUCAUAGCAAACAUAAAAGGGACACCACAGAACUUCAAACAAAAUCCAGACAAAAACGCGAAGCAUUUAUACCUGCUGGGCUCGUCGCUGGAGUUAUUAAAAUGUGUGAUCGUCAUUCAUUUUGGUGCAAUCACCACAUCUUUAGAAUCACUGAUGAAAUCACAGAUAGAACUGUUCAAAUCUCAACCGGAACUACUUCUUCACAUGCGAGAGAAAUCCGUAGUACAGACAUUAUCAACAGAAAUGAUCCAAUUAAUACUCAUGCUGACAAUAUUGCUUCUGCAGACAUUGUAAAAUCAAGACGACGGAGAUUCGUUGUUCACGGUAUGGUUAUGGGAAUCAUUCGUAUGUGUAGAAGGCACCCCCAGAGAUGUAGUCGAAAGAGAAUUGAGAUUCUUGACACUUUUACUGGGCGAAGAACUGAGGUUCGAUCGUCGCAUGGGCGGACGACUGCAUCUGAAUAUUGAAACAAAAAUGUUGUAAUACAUGCAUGGUGCAGCUAAUAAUGGUUUACAGUAAAACCAUCUUUGGGAAUGACCUUUACAAAUUUUCCCAUAGUGAUAUAAUAGUGAGCUAAAGAACUGCCAAAUACUCAUGAUGGAAGAUUUAGAUCCAAUGUGAGUCUUGACUGUGGGCCAAAAACUGAAUGCUUCUUUAGACAAAAUAGUUUUAGUUUUCUGUAUGUUUCAGAAAAUUCUUUUGAUAUCCUAUAUAAGAAGUAAAUGUGUUAACACCCUGUGAUAGAUUUGCCAAGAAUUUCAGUAUUUCUAUUCAAAAAUCUAGCAUCAGAUCUGAGUGCAUUUUUUUUGUUAUUAUUUGUAGUUAGGCCAACUUCAGUACAGGUGACAUUAAGAUAUAGUACUUGACAACAUAAGUUGAGCAAGCAGCCUCUUAUGAACUUUCAAUAGUGAUAUUGCCAAAUAUAUUUUUGAGUUGAAAGUUACUGUAACUGUACAUCAUACUACUCACAUACUGCUCAGAUUUUCUUAAUGCAUUUAUUACAUUUGCAUUUCUAUGAUUGCAUUCUAUCUCAAUACUAAGAUUUGACAUAAGUACCUCACUCUAUUCACCAUAAUAGACUUUUGUAACCACUAAGUAGAAUAACAUGAUCUUAAAGAGUAAUAUAGUUUUGUACCAAAUCCCCAAGAAGGGAAUAGGAAUUGAACAAGGUCACUGAAAUCAUUUUAUUUAUUCUACUGAAAAGCUAUUAUUUUAAGCAUUAUUCUGUAGGUUGUAAUU